AAAGCUAAACGUCUGCAAGCCAAGAAGCAGGAAGGAAAUGACACUUUCUCUUGUGGGAAAUAUCAGGAAGCCUACGAUAUCUAUACUGAAGCAUUAACUAUUGAUGCCCACAAUAAUUCCACAAACGCUAAACUUUACUACAACAGAUCACUAGUCGGUUCAAAGGUAUAUUUCUGAAACCUUGUUAAUAAAUAUAUAUAUAUAUAUAUAUAUAUACAUCAGAGGGACACAAUAUACGUGUUGCACACAAACCGAUAACCACUUUACGGCGACUGCUUACGAAUGUCAAGGACAAAGACAAACCGGAGGACAGAGAGGGAGCAGUAUACAAGAUCAAAUGCUACGACUGCCAGGCUUCUUACAUUGGUGAAACCGGCAGAAACCUAAGCAUGCGACUGACCGAACACAAACGCGCGACGAGGAAUGGUGACGUCAACAAUGACAUUGCUUAGCACCAUUUAAAGACGAAACAUCAAAUUGACUGGGACUCUGCGACAUGUAUAACGUAUUCUACAGACUACCCCAUCAACGUCUUACUUUAGAAAGCUGGUUUACUAACUUAGAACAAACGCCACUGAAUCGUAGCCAACAGUUACCAGCGCCGUACAAACGACUUAUUGACGAGAUCAAGCAAAACUAACUACGAGAGAACGACUGGAGAACUGACAAUUUGGCUAACAAUAGACGACUGUUUAACUGUGACAAUAGACGGAUCGAAACGCACCAAUUACUGAUCACGAGUCUUCAUAGCCAAUAACAUCAAGGCUUAACUGACAGACGACCAAUAACAUCGCGACGUAAUUGACCAAUAAUCAGACCAAUAACCAGAGUAUAAUACCAUCAACUGACGUGAUACAACUCACUUUGACUCUGAAGAUGACUAUCGCUCAGGCUGUCGAAACGUCAGUCACUGUCAACAACAACAGUCCUAUUCAGGACUACAUUCACCCAGACGAUCAAAGUCAAGCUAUUUUUGAAAUGACUCCUGGGUUCAAACCUUUCACAAAUAUAUAUAUAUAUUUAACAAUUAUUCCACAAGUGCGCUGUGGAUAUGAGAUACUAGAUAGCCAACGAGGCGCGUAGCACCGAGUUGGCUAUAAUCAUCUCCUAUCCAAUUAGCGCGUGGAAUAAUUGUUUUAUUAAAAACGCCCACAAAGUAUCGAGAAUUCUCUCCGACUUAUUUGUAAAAACAACCGAUUUUCAGCUGAUUUUUAAUUUUGAGCAGACGCGUGCAGCUGAAUAACAGACAACCGUGUAACUUUCUGGCAAAAAGAAAAUUACAUCAUCCUUCUUACAAUUUUUUAUAUAAAUUUUUUUGAAAGAGAAUUUAAAAAAUCAUGGACUUUCGGUGACAAGGCUUCUUUACUCAGUCUACGUCACGUCAACUCAUCCUUUCCUUUAGUUUCUGGCCCUUGGUUUUGGGAAACGGAUUAAAUUGGAAUAAUGUGGCGCGUUUAAUUUUGCUGACAUCUUCCUUGGAUCCUUGGAUCCUUGGAUCUUUAAUAUACGAAAGAACAAAGGAAGCCAGCCCUACUUAAAAUCAUUAAGUAAACGCAUUGAGAAUGUUUCGAAUUGCUCUUUUUUCCGUCCCUUUGUUCAAAUAUUCACCCAUUCUGAACGACUGGAAUGUGAAGUAAUGAACAUUUUCAGCACUUCCCUUUUUAGACCGUUCCGCUUUUUAUAUAAUGUAGUGUAAAAAAACACUUGUUUUCUAUUUUCAUGUUUUACAGGCGUUGAUUUAUCUUUGCAUAAACUUGUGUUUCAGCUCAACAGAUUAGAGGAAGCCAUCAACGACUGUACUCAAGCAAUUGAGUUGGACCCUACAUACCUAAAGGCUUACAUCAAACGGGCUCGAUGGUUAGUGGUCCUCCCUUCCUAACAAAAGUGUGUUUAUUAUUAUUUUAUCUGAUUUCUUUUUGAUCUGGGUAAAUGCAUCAGCGAGCGUUUAAUAAAUGUUCUUUGAAAAAUUGUUACGAUUUUUAUAGAUUACUUAAACUGUUUGAUAGACACAUAGAUAAUUAAUAACCUUUAUGUUACCUUUAGUUAUUGUGCCAGUACGUAGUAUUUUUAGUGCAAGGCUAAUUGGGCCGAGCUAAAUACCGUAAAUGAUCAAAUUGGCGCCCCCCCUCUCUCAGUAAUAAACACCCUCUGUCUAAUAGACGCCCACCAUAACAAAUUACUACUUACUAGCAAAUAGCAGACAGGAGCAAAAGGGAACAAAAGAGGAGCAAAGUGGAACAUUUUUCAACAAAGGCUUACUGGCAUAAUGGAUUCAAGUUUACUAUUCGCGCCAUAACCUACCCUGGUUUAACUGAAAGUUUGAGGAGACAGACAAGGAAAAAGCAAAGGUGUCUCAGACUGGAAUUUGUUCACAUUAGCCAGGAAACAAUUACACAAGAAUUUGAGUAGGUCCAGAAACAAUUAUCUUUCUGACCUUCUCGACGACUUCUUAAAGCAAAACCCGAAGGCUUUCUGUUCACACAUCAAAAAACUAGGAAAGGAGGGCACAGAUAUUCAAGACCUUAAAGUUGGAAAUGAAGUGUUUACUGAGCCGAGUACUAAGGCUUAAGUGCUACACAGCCAGUUCUCCAGUGUUUUUAACAACGAAGAAACAGAGAAUAUCCCAGACCCUGGAAAAAAUCCUUUUCCGACUAUUGGAACAAUAACUAUCACUACCUCUGGAAUCGAAAAGCAACUUAGAGGGUUGAAAGCUGACAAAGCUUAUGGCCCAGAUGGAAUUUCCCCCUGGUUUUUAAAGGAGAAUAACCAUGAAAUAUCAGAGUUUCUUACUUAUAUCUAUCAAGACUGUAUCAAUACCGGAACUGUGCCCAGCCAAUGGAAACAUGCCAACGUAUGUUUCCAACGUAUGUGGCAUUCACAAGAAAGGAAAGAAAUCGGAUUCAUCAAACUAUAGGCCCGUAUCACUUACUUGCAUCGCUUCAAAAGUACUGUACACAGCCAUGUUAUGAAUCACCUCUGUCACCUGUCGCAAUAUGGAAUGCUCACUGAUUACCAACAUGGCUUUAGGGCGAAACGAUCAACAGAAACACAUCCCAUAUGUACCAUUCAAGACAGAGCAAGUACUAUUCAAUCUAACAAAACAAUUCACGCCGCAAUCGUUGACUUUUCAAAAGCGUUUGACAAAGUUCCUCGUCGUCGUCUGUUGACGAAACUUGGGUAUUACGGAAUUCGUGGCUCACUACUAAACUGGUUCGAAUCGUUUCUAUCACAGCGCACCCAAUCAGUAGUAAUUGAGGGGGCAUCAUCUGCUCCUGUAGCCACGACAUCCGGACGGUCUUAGGACCGUUACUGUUCUCAAUAGAUAUAACUGAUUUACCUAAUGGUCUUAACUCCACCGUUAGACUUUUUGCUGAUGAUGCAUUGUCAUAUGGAAUAAUCUUUUGUGAUGCUUAGCUGAAAAGUAAGAAAAGGAGUUAAGACCAUAGGUAGUUGUUUUAGGUUUACUUAGUGAAAGAAUGUAGUUGCCACGAAGAUCAUAGGAAGAAGACCGGAGUGAACAACCAAGAGAAAUCAACCAAAGCGGGAAUACGUAUUUUGUGGAGAAAUUCUAGAAGAAGUGGAUUCUCACCCUUAUGUGGGAGUAGGGCUUGGUAACAAAAUAAGGUGGUCCCUACACAUCGAGGUAAUCUCAUGUUAGGACUUAUUAAACGCAAUCUGUGAAAGAAACCGCGUACACGACACUUGUGAGGCCAAAGCUCCAGUAUGACUGUAGUACAUGGGACCCGCACUACCAGAAAGAUAAAGCCGCAAUAGAAGGGGUAUUACGAAAAGCGGCUCGCUUUGUCACGGGAAAUUAUGAUCGAACAGCGAGCGUGACGGGAAUGCUGCGAAAUUUAAAGUGGGACACGCUUGAAACAAUGAGAAUACACAUAAGGCUGUCCGUUAUGUAUAAGGUGGGAAAUGGCAGGACUAUUUGAUUCCAAAUAGAGAAAGGGGAACACGAGGAAGCCAUGAUUUUAAGUGUAUUGUACCGAAAGAACACAAGGAUAUUUUUAGAUUUUUUCUUUCCCAGGACAGUAACUGAAAAGCCAAUCUCUGUCUUUAUUUAAAAGUUAACUCCUUUAACUCUUUUUAUUAGCAGUUAAUAUUUGUCUUAUUUGUAGUUUUAGCUUUUAUUACCAUUUGUUUUGUCUUGGAGUGUUUUAGAGUUAGCGUGAUGUCCCCUGGAUAUUGCCGACAAAACAAUAUUUAGAUUUAUAUUUAGAGUCGUUCAAUUUCUGCAGUUUCUUUACCCUUAACACGAGAACUGACAUCGAAGUUGAGAUAUGAAAGAGCGAUGUAGAUCUCUAGACGACCUAGAAGUAUCAAUGGAACGACUUGAAAUUAUGCCAUUUGUAAACUCUUUUGAUAUUUUUUGCGAGAAAGCAUAUAGUGUUGUUGAGCUUGUUACAACUAUGAAAUAAACGCCUUGUAUCUAUUAAACGCCCCGUCUGGGCGUCUAUGAGAUCAUUAACGGUAACUGAAACGAAUGAUUGUGAAACAUAACAGGGUUAAGAAUCCCAACUGUGGGGAAUUUUGAGGCCUCUUGUCUGCAAGUCCAACUCUCUAACUACUCGGCCAUGCUGCCUCCUCUUACACUUGGUUUUUAAACAGUAAGGUUUUCAAAAAAUCAGGCUCCUAUGGUCAGUUUCAUAAUGGCAAUAGAAAGAAGGUGGAUCUCUCGAAUUAUAGGCUGUACGUCAAUUUAUGCUUAAUUAUGAUUCAAAGCGGGAAGAUAAAUUCUUACCUCUGUGCCAAAAUGGGAAAUCGCCUGAUAUAUUUUUUGGUUAAAGAUCCCUAUAUUGUGUCUCAUCCGUCCAUCUGAUUUCCGUAGAAAACAUAACUGUCUUCCCUCUAAUCCAAAUCCGACAAUCUGGUCCACAGCAAUGUGUGCAGUUUAAAUGGAACUUGCUCAGUUAAAAUUUUAAUAAAUCUGCAUAUGUGUUUUCCAGGUUUGAGCUAUUCGCCAGUAAUAUGACCAUGUUCGUUUAUUCCUUUUAAGUUACAUGGAAGCAGAAAAAUACGAAGAAGCUGUAAGAGAUUAUGAAAAAGUUUGUAAAAUGGACCGAUCUCGAGGUGAGGAGACCACAACCAUGGUGUUAUCCUGCGACAGAAGCAUAGGAGGAACGUCUGCGCCUCAGCGACAGAAAUUUCAUACUGAUGAAGCAAUUCAAUGUUUACAUGAUAAAUCCGGUAGUCAUGGGGUCCCAAAAGUACAUUUGCUUGAUUUUAUGUUUCUCCUGGUCGAGUAUGGUAAAGUUUUGUGUUCUACUGCGAAUGAGCCCCAGCAUGCUUCCUCUAGAGAAGAAUAUAUUCCACGAAUAUUGACCGUUUUGUUAUAGAUUCAUCGCGUUUACAUUAGACCUUUGUGGCCUUUUGUCUUUUGUCUGUCAUUCGUAAACAAGAGGUAAAACAAUAUAACUACUAUGUCGACCAAUCAGAGCUCCUGACCAGAUUCCGGACAGAUUGUACGUCAUCAGUAUGGAAUUUCUGUCGCUGAGGUGCAAACGUUCCAGCAAGAAGCAUAGGAGCAAGGAGAAACGGCUGUAUUCGCAGGCUACCAUUCUGUUAACUGUGGCCCUUCAAGCUUGUUACAUAUUCUGAAACAUUUUAGCGGUAAAAAGGACCUGAACAUAUCGAGACCAUCUUUCGCUACCAUUUCGGGGACAACUCCAACGCAGUCAAACGUCUAAGGCAUCCUUCUGCAGCUCUGUUGUUGUGUUAGGAAUUUCAUUUACAAGUGAACCCAUGAGGAAUGAUACGUAAAAUGAUUAGUUAACGUAACGGGUUUUUUUUCUUUUUUCUCAGAAUAUGGAUUUUUCUCGUUGAAAACCCUUCUCGCUCGAUUAAAAAUUAUGCUGCCAAAUGGCGCCGACGAUAACAUUAGUUUCAGCUCUCAGUUUUUUAAAACCUUUUUAGUAAACUUUUGAAAUGUUUAGUGAAUUGGUAGCGUACUGAUAAUAUCAAAAAACUUUCCAAAACAGUGAAAGUAGAGAACCUAGCUUGAAGUAUCUUGCUAAGGUUUUGAAAAGUUCCCUCGUUUGAUGCAAAGAUGUCAUAUCAGUAAGUAAGUAAUAGUACGUAAGUAAUCCAGUUUAAUCAAGGCAGGAAACUUAAAUGUGAUGUUUGCAUGCUUUUGCUUCUUCAGGUAUGCUUCAAAUAAUUUUUUUUUUUCAGAGCAUCGACGAAUGCUAGAAGAGGCGAAAUUUGAACUGAAAAAGAGCAAAAGAAAAGAUUACUAUAAAAUUCUAGGCAUUUCCAAGGGGGCAACAGAGGAAGAAAUUAAAAAGGCGUACAAAAAAGAAGCACUAAAACAUCAUCCAGGUAAGAGCUAGCGCAACGGGGCAAAGUGUUUCAAGAGCAUUAUAAGGCAGUGCUAGCAAGGCUAUGACCAACGUUUUUAAGGGAGACUAUUCAGUGAAGAAAGUAAUGUUAUUGAGUCUAUAUCAUGUGAAGUGGGAUAGAAUAGGCCCCGCGAUGUCGCUUUUUGAAAGAUAUUAUAUGUAUGUUAUCGUUGUUUUCCGCCUUGAACACAUUGAUGUGCUUGUACAGUUUGGAGGUGGGUGAAUAGGUUGCCUCCUCUUGAAACCCAUAUUUUCUUGUGAUUCACUUUUCUUUAGUCGAUAACUCUUUCUCUCAGGGUGAUUACCCUAGGCUGUCUAAUAGCUUGUUGGCUCAAAUCAGGACUUUCGAUUCUCGCCUUCUUAAUACAUUUGAAACCAAGAUGGCUGCUCGUCGAUCACUCGCUUUUCGACAUCAAGUUGUUUUCAUUUGCAUCAAAUUCUUUAGCGUUUCGCUGUCAUUAAAAUAUCUGUGCAUGUUCAAGAGUUGCAUUUGUUGCAGUGCAUCUUGAAAACAGUAACUGACUUACACCUCACGCUGCUGUUCUGAUAAUUCUGAGGGACCUUUAGAUUGGACUAUGAGUACAAGCCUACUAUUUACAAACUUCUAAUUCGUGUACCUUAUUUAAUUACUUAUCAUGUCAAUCUUAUCCCUAACAUUUAUUUGUGCUAGUCAGCAAAAAAAUUCAAGUCGUACUCAUAAUCAAAUGUAAGGGAGCAAGGAUUGGCACAAUCGGGUAGUGCACGGCCUUCCGUGCGAGAGUUGCCGAUUUCGGUUCCCAGGUGUGACCUCAAAUCAACUUCUUUCCCUUUUGCGUAGCUUUAAGUUACUUUAAAUACCCGUAAAACGGAGCACUGAUAGAGAGGGGGGUAAAAUAAGUGCAGGAUGUCAGUCAAAUGAUGACUGUUACGAUUUACCGACGCGAAAGAAAGGAUCUUUACUUUUACCUUUACCUUUAAUGACCCACUCAUGACCGAAACGCAAAAAUGCGGGGAGGAGCUGAUUACAUUGAAGACCGUUGUUAGUGUUCAGCACUUUUCAACACGUCAAACGAUAACUGCUUCUGGUUCGAACGCCCUUUCAAAUAUCAAAAUUGUUUAAUACUCUACUGGUCGCUAGCCUGCGAGAGAACUUUCUCGCACGCUAACUGGUUGCAUAUGAUAACUUUUUCAGAUCGUCACUCUGGUGCGACAGAUGAAGUGAAAAAAAGUGAAGAACUGUUGUUUAAAGAGGUCUGUUUGUUUUACUGUUCUAGACAGCAUUCUUUUAAUAUGCUUAUGUAUUCUGCCAACUUAGCUAUAUAUCUUUGUGUUUUAGGAGUCCUAAGGAUCAAAAGGUGUGGUUGAUUUUCAGACCUUGUCCUGUAAUUCAUCUUUGAUUUAGUCGCUAAUAAUUUUAAGUCUUCCCUUGCACGCAUAUUACAGUAAUUUACGUAUGGUUAUGAGUCAGGGCAUACAGUUGACUCCCGAUAACUCGAACCUUCGCUAACUCGAAGUCAUUUUUGUUUCCCUUCAGAUCUUUUCUAUAUAAAUUUACCCUCGAUAACUGGAACCAUGUUGUAAGCGCGUGACAAGUCAGGAAAAAAACCGUGUACUGAAGUCCGAGACAUUGAAUUUAUUUCAAAGCAACCGUGGCAAUGUUUUGUCUUUACUUUUUUGUCCUUCUAGUUCAAAUUCAGUGUCCAUUCCUGUAUACUUGGUCGCUUAAUUGCAUCGCCUUCUCCCCUCCCCCCCCUACCCCCCCCCUUCUUUCCAUCCUUUGCUUCUGUCUCUUUCUUUCUUUCUCACUUUCCCUUCCUCCUUUCCUUCUACUUUUUUUUUUUUUCUUCGAUUCCUGUCUUGCUAUGUUUUUUCUAUAUGACGAACGUUUUGAUGCUAUAUAUUUCUUGACCCCCCCCCCCCCCCCCCCCAUUCGCUUAUUUUGUUAUUUCCGGUUAUUUGCUUCAAACUCCCGAUAACUCGAACAUUUUUCGAUUUCCCUAGAAAGUUCGAGUUAUCGGGCGUCGAUUGUACUUUAACAAAGUAAGAGGCUUGGGGAAAAUAUGCUGUUAUCAGGCUGUCCUGGGACUUCCCAAGGCGAAACGCUUGCUGUUGUUUUCGUAACGCAUCGACAGCCAUAUGACUUUCUUUACUCUCUCUCUCUCUCUUUUUGUUUGAGGGAGGUGACGGGAAAACUCAAAAACGUAAAAAGCUAUAAAUAAGAACAAUACAAUACAAACAAUACAAUGUUCUUUAUUUUGAGAGGGUAGAUACAUGAUUAACCCAGUAAAGAGUUUUCUAACACAUGGCCGGUAGUGGCCCGGGCGUAAUGGUCCUAACGGGACGCGUACUCUUCCCAUGACACAAAAUUUACAUUCAACUGAUUAAAAGAAAACAAGAACGCGCUUACAGCGGUUCUCCGUCUCGCUUGCUUGGAGAUUAUAUCGAGAAAUGAGGGGGCGAUUAAUUCUACACGAAAGGGGAUUUACUCGCUAAAGGUUUUUUAACUUCCUACUUGAUCGACGUCAAUACUUUUUAUUUGUUUCUGAACUGAUUUAGGACGCGUGUUAGCGACGACCGGAAAUACGUCUGCGUUCGCAGGCUAUACGCGUGUAUAAAUACACGAUUCCAGAGAAAUUACAUCAUCGCCAAGAUCAAAAAAGUUUCCUACAUGGCACUUUAUUUGAAUCAUCGCCGAAAAUAAACUGCAUGCUCAUCACAAGACCAUUUGUAUACAAUGAAAGGUUACAACACCCGACCAUCGCAGUUUUGUUAAUUAAGAUUUAUAUUUUAUUUUUCCACCACUCAGAAGUGUUCACUUGUUCUAAGUAAUCAACGUUUUCAAGCGAUUGAAUUCGUGGACCGACACGUUUCGGAAAAGUUCUCGACUUAAUCUUUCCUAAGCUUUCUUGGCAAAACAUGCGUGGCUUCGAUCACGCAGCGAUUCUUAAUAUUCCCAGUUUCCACGGUCUCCGCUAGGAACGCCUGGCACAAUAACCGCCAUUUGUGUCCAAAAUACGACGAAAAGCGCGUUGCACAGACUAACAAGGACGAGUUCUGUAAAAGUCUUAGUGGUCUCGUGUUUUAACAAUGGAACUUGUUUAUUUUUUAGGUAAAUGAAGCGUACAGCGUAUUAUCAGAUCCCAGGAAAAAAGCUCGGUAUGACUCAGGACAAGACCUUGAGGACGGCUUUAUGAACACAGGUUUGUCACAAUUUUAAAUUGUUUAAGUUUUUACUCGCCCGGCAAAGAGUUAGACCCUUCCGUUGCAUAUGUAGAUAAGAGUUAGCAGAUACUGCUGUGUGUGUACGUGUCAUGUUAUCUUCAGUCUUACGGCACGAGACCUUUUUCUGUUAUUUCGCUUGUGUGUAUUACCCAUGACUGCUGUUGCAUAUAUCUUUCAUAUCUAUUGAUUGUCUCCUUUGUUCUAUACCACUUAGAUUUUGAUCCAAAUUCAAUAUUUCAAGCAUUCUUUGGAGGUCCAGGAUUCGGCGGGUUCAACUUUGGUGGACCGGGAGGUAUGUUGACGGUACAAUAG